AUGGAGUACAAAGUUGGCUGGAUUUGUGCAUUACCAUUUGAAGCAGCGGCUGCUGAGGCUAUGCUCGACAGACGACAUCCUGAUUUACCUUUCGACCCAUAUGACUCGAUGUUGUACACCCUUGGAUGUGUCGGACCCCACAACGUAGUGAUUGCUUGCUUGCCACGCGGUCGACCUGGGCUUUCUGCUGCAUCAGCGGUGGCAAGAGGAAUGCUGGAGAAAUUUCGCGGCAUCAGAUUUGGCUUCAUGGUAGGCAUAGGAGGAGGAGUACCAAGCGAUAGAGACGAUAUCAGGCUUGGAGAUGUGGUUGUCUCGCAGCCUAACCUCGAGCAUGGAGGAGUUGUUCAGUAUGAUUUCGGAAAAGCAGAAGCAGGAGGGAAGUUUCGUCGGACUGGUCACCUCAACAAUCCACCCACGUUCCUACUGAGCGUUCUGAACCGAGUGCAGAUAAAUCACGAGCGAGGCCGACGAACAUAUCCGAUCCAUAUGGGACGAUACGAUGAAGGGGAUAUGGAAGAAUAUCUAUGUCCUCAGAGUGAGCGAGAUGUGCUCUUCCAUGAAAAUUAUUCACACCCUGCUGGAAUGCUCGAUUGCACCACUUGCGAUCUGAACCAGAUCAUCAAACGUCCAGAACGCAAUACCAAGACCACCACUGUAAAGAUUCAUUAUGGCACCAUAGCUUCCGGCAACCAAGUGAUCAAGGAUGCCCAGACCAGGGAUAGGAUCGUCAAAGAUCUCGGUGGUCAAGUCUUAUGCUUCGAGAUGGAAGCUGCAGGUCUGAUGAACGAUUUUCCGUGUUUGGUGGUCAGAGGCAUUAGCGAUUAUUGCGACUCGCAUAAGAAUGAUGGGUGGCAAAGAUAUGCGGCUGCUACUGCUGCAGCAUACACGCGAGAAUUGUUGCUUUUGGUUCCUCCGGAAGAUGUAGUGAAGUAG